AUGCGCAAUGUUGCUGUAUUUCAUCGCGAACAUGUGCUUCCACCAAUCAGUGCCCGCCCUGAUCAGGUAGAAAGGGUCUUGAAAGCUCGGUUCCAUGAUGCUAUGACCAAACUGCAUCCUCAGGGCAAGGAGCUGGACCUGCUUAUUGUCAUUUUGCCUGAUAAUAAUGGUACUCUAUAUGGUGAUGUGAAGCGGAUUUGUGAGACAGAUCUUGGCAUUGUUUCCCAGUGCUGUUUAACAAAGCAUGUAUUUAGGAUGAAUAAACAAUAUCUUGCAAAUAUGGCCUUGAAGAUUAACGUGAAAGUUGGGGGAAGGAAUACAGUACUUGUUGAUGCACUCUCAAGGCGCAUACCUCUAGUUAGUGAUGUACCAACCAUCAUUUUUGGGGCUGAUGUUACCCAUCAUUUCAAUGAAGCUAGUUGUUGUUGCAUUAUGGUCAUGAUUUGCAACAUAGUUGCAGGUCAGAAUAAAGUUGAUGAAGAUUGA